UAUGAGCAACGACCUUCAAGUUUGGCUAGAGCCGAAGCGCAAAUCUGUCGAAGGCCACACGGCCCAAUGCACCCUCUCCUUUAAUGGCCGUGUUAUCUGGGGGCCCCGCCACUGCCACAACAAUACAUACCAGCUGCGGGAUGCCCUCUCCGCCGCGGAUCCCCGCUUUCAACUCGCCAUUUCUAACAGGCGCAAGACGGUCGAAGGCCACACAUACUCUAUCAGCGUCAAAUCCGGCAGUCGGGUUUAUCUGAACCGACUCUCCACUCACGGUCACAUGAAAGAGUUGUGUCAAGCCAUCAAUGACUGUCUAGCAACCGAACGCGGGCGCACUCAGCCUGGUAAACCCGACCCAGCACCGCCAUCUCAGGGCCCCCCCCAACAGCGACCGGGUCCUCCACGACCUCAGGCAACCCGCCCUAACGGACGCCAGGACUUCGAGAUAGCCAUUAUCUGCGCUCUAAAAGUGGAGCGCGAUGCUAUCGAAGCCUUUCUAGACGAAGAGUUUGAAGUCGGCGGAUUCUCGUAUGGAAAAGCGCCAGGAGACCCCAACGCCUACACCACGGGUCGAAUCGGGCAGCGAGCCGUAGUGCUGGUGUCCAUGCCGGACAUGGGAAAGGUCAGCUCCGCCAGGGUGGCAACCGGGCUUCGCAUGAGUUUCGCACAGAUAAAGGUCGUCUUUCUUGUGGGCGUUUGUGGCACCGCGCCGCGAGAUGCACAAGGCCGGGAGACAUUUCUCGGCGAUAUUAUGAUUAGCACAGCCGUUAUCCAAGUGGACUUCGGGCGACAGUACUCGGACGAAUUCCUUCGAAAGGAUACUCUGGAGGAUACUCUCGGCCGACCGAAUCACGAGAUCCGCUCCUUCCUCCAGAAGUUGGCAGGGAAGCGCACGAGUAACAAGCUGGAGGACAACACUCUUAAAUAUGUCGCGGAGCUUUGCGCUAAGGACAGUGAAUAUGCCUACCCUGCUGGAAAUCACGAUAUGCUGUACCGUGCAGAGUAUCGUCAUAAACAUCAGAAUGGCCACUUGUGUUCAACCUGUAUCGGUUGCAAUACCCCAGAUGACCCUGUCUGUGGAGCUGCUAGGGGGUUAUCCUGUGCUGAGUUAGGGUGCAGUAGUGCGCAGUCAGUCCCGCGCAAGAGGGAGGGGAGAACUCACCCUAUUCUUCAUUUUGGCCGCUUCGCCUCUGGAGAUAGCGUCAUGAAGAGCGGAGUUCAUCGUGACAAACUCAUUGCCAAAGAGCAGGUGAUUGCGUUUGAAAUGGAAGGUGCAGGAUUUUGGGACUGUCUUCCUACAGUAAUCAUCAAGAGCGCUUGCGAUUAUGCGGAUAGUCACAAGAACAAAGUCUGGCAGAAAUAUGCCGCUGCAACAGCUGCUGCGUGUACAAAGGCAGUCCUGGAUGAGUGGAGAAGCAGUCAAGGGUCGUAAGUUGAACUGGAAUUAGAUGACUAACUGACAGCAUGUCCCUUCGGCGAAUUGUGCAUGCAACAUGUGCCAGACUAUAUCAACUGCCCUUCAUCUAAAGCUAGCUGGUUCUAUAAGGGUACCGUCAUAGGGCGUCGUGAGGUUCCGUUCUUAUUUGUCUGGAACGCUGAGAGACCUAGGCGUUCUCCCGAGUUACAGGCUGUCAUCACGCCACCUGCACUCUGUCCUUGCUAAUCUGCUGUAAUGCGUGAACAAGCACGAAUGAGAUCGUCUAAUGUCCGGACAGCGCAAUGCCCACUGCAGGGGUCAACCGAGGGCUCAGUUGACCUUCACGCCCGCUGAUUGGUCCGACGUUUGAUGUUCCGCGGUGCGUGUUGAUAAUGCUCUCUCUAUAUAUACUGACUGGCAAACGGGAUAACAGAGGUUAAAUUUUUGACCUUUUAAAAAUGGUAUUCC